UUGGCUGGGCUCAUCGACUUACUCCUCGCUUCUGGCAAAUAUAGCGACCGUCUCGUUGUUGCGGCAGUCGUCCUUGUCCGGCGAGUAUCUCCUUCAGGAGCACGCGAUACGUGGUCGUGCAAUCUCGCGCACCCUUUACUCCUACCCUUCUGACUGCCCAACACUUGGACGUCAAAGUCGUCAAAUCCCAUCGCAAUCAUGGCGCCAGCUGCUGCCCCAGAGCCCACGUUCAAGAAGGACGAGAAAGUCUUUUGUUUUCAUCACGAGCUCCUGUAUGAGGCCAAGGUUCUCGAAGUCCGGCCGGUCGAGGGCGACGAGAAGAAGAAUGGCUUUGAGUACCGGGUGCACUACAAGGGCUGGAAGAACACCUGGGACGAUUGGGUUCCCGAGGAUCGGCUUCGCAAGCUCACACCCGAGAACCGUGAGUUGGCUAACAACUUGAGACACGAAAUGCUGGCUGCUCAGCGCGCCGCAAGAGCCCAACCUGCGCCUGCUAAGAAGAAGGCACAAGGCUCGGUGCGGGGUAGCGAAGAGCGACAAAGCUCUGUCACUGCUGCACCGCGCGGCCAAAAGAGGGUUCGUGACAACGACCUGGAAAAGGAAGAGACGUUCCAGAAUAAGCUUGCAGUGAGAAUCUACAUGCCAGACCGGCUGAAGAGUCUCCUAGUUGAUGACUGGGAGAACAUUACCAAGAACCUACAGCUGGUGCAGCUGCCGUCAGCGCAUCCGGCGGGUGUCAUCCUGGAUGAGUAUCACAAGUACGCGAUACAAACCGGAGCCCGCAGCAGCACUGAACGCGACAUUCUUGAAGAGGUCAUUGCGGGUCUCAAAGAGUACUUCAACAAGAGUGCAGGUCGUCUGCUGCUGUACCGUUUUGAGCGGGAGCAGUUCUACGACAUCUGGACGCGCAUCCAGCACCCAACUGACGAGCUCGCCGGCAAGCCGCUUGUUGACAUCUAUGGUGGCGAGCACCUUUUGCGCCUUUUAGUCACCAUGCCUGAACUUAUUGCCCAGACCAACAUGGAUCACCAGGCCGUCACUCGCCUGCGCGAAGAACUCAGCCAGAUGACGACGUGGUUGUCCAAGGACGCGCAGAUCAACACCUUCUUUGUGCCCACGUAUGAGAGCCCUGGACAAGCCUACAUCGACAAGGUCAAGUCCAGCACGUAAGGUGUGGCCGGUCCCAACUCUAACGAAUGUGAGGGCUUGAUGGUGUCGACCCCGUUUCCCUUUU